AAGUGCGAAUUUGCGCACUUGGUAGUCGACAGAGAAGCAGCCAUUGUACCGACGGUGGCAACCUCGAUUUUCUUCUUUUAAUCGGUGAAGCAACAAGAACUGACUGAUGUGAUUGACAAGAGUAGUUGAACAUCAAAUACAAUACAAAGAUACAAAAUCAUUCGAUCAGGACCUUGUAUUUGUGGCUGGGCGUGAGAUUGCGGAGCUAACAAAUAUGGACAAGGUAUAUUUCCACCAAAGCCAGCUUCCGAACCAGAAAACAAUGAAUUUUGCUGGAGCACCAGCUGUUGACAAGAGUGGAACUGGCCUGUAUCCUGCUGGGUACCCCAAUUAUGCCCCAACACAACCCGGCAUGGCCCAUACCUUGGCCCCUGGAGCAGCUCCAGCAACUCACAGGCAAUUGGCAGCUGCUGCCAACCAGCAAUAUCCACAGCCUGCAAUGCCACAAAAUGUGAACCCAUCAGUUUACACACCAACUACUGGGGUGUACUCCACAUUGUCACCAGGGUAUCCAACGCCCUCCACUGGGGCCUUUCAUCCACCAACUCAUCCUCACCCAAUGCAAUAUACAACGUUCCAGACACCCUCGGCCUACCAAGCCAGCCAGUAUGCAACCCCCACAUACAUUGGGGCUCCUCAGCUGAGUGCCGGAGCAGCCUAUCCUAUGGGUAUUGCCGUGACAAAUCCUCAUGCUCCCAGUGCUUACAACCCUCCAGUGGCAAGUGUCCCACGUGCCUACACAACACAGGCUGCCAUGUCCCAGGCAGCGAUGUCCCAGGCUGCCAUGUCCCAGAUGGGUUAUAACCCCCUUGGUUCGAACCCUCUCGCUUCCAACCCACUUGGUUCGAACCCACUAGGAUCCAAUCCACUUGGUUCUAACCCACUCGGAUCCAAUCCACUUGGUUCUAAUGUACCAGCUUAUCCAAAUACAUACGGCUUUAAUCAAGGUUACCCAUAAAGGGACAUGGACACAAGACAUUUAGCCUUGUCUUUGUCACAUGAUUGUCAUGUGAUGAAGGUCAUGUGAUCUGGUUUUGUUGGCCUAGAUUUUAAAGGCUGGAGCCUGUCAGCAUAUCUGGCGUCAUAUAGAUCUGCAGAACUCUUCCCCUCCAUGAUUGUGAACAAAUGUAUUUUGUUAUGACCGCGUUUUGGUCUCGAAUCAAGACACUAUUAUACAGUUUUAGGACAUUUUAUUAUUAUUAUUAUUGAUUAAUAGGCUUUACAGUGAUUUUACGCAGAUUAUAUACACUUAUCAGUUAAUAAGCAACCUCCAUAUGCCAUAUUUACAAUGCCAGUCUAGGUAAUCUCAAAUUAACAUGAAACAAUCAUCGAUAAUUGCUUUAUAUGUUCUUUUUGUAAUAGGGGACAUUCUGGAUAAGCCUGACUCUAGAUUGGGCAAUGUAGAUGUUGUACAUAUAUUUUUCUACCAUGUUUUGUUUACAUCAUGGACAAAACAUUAAACUUUUUAGAGCAUUUA